AUGUAUAUCAUGCCCUCCAAGCUCCGGUCCACGCUGAGUCCGAAUGGAGUGUGGACGUUCUACAAACUUCUGGCCACACCAAGCCCUUGUUUGAUCCUUGCUCAGGAUCUGGGUGAAUACUACAUCAUGGUUCUGGAGCGGCCAAUUCCCUGUGAAGACUUGUUUGAUUUUGUGCAGAUCGACGAAGAGUUGGCUCGAGUUAUCAUGCAGCAGGCAACUCAAUCCACUUAUAUGAGCUGCCAACGUGGAGUGCUGCACCAGGACAUCAAACAGGAAAACCCCAGAAGUCAAACCAAUUGGUCAGACUGGAGUGUUGAUGCCCUCCAAGCUCCAGCCCAUGCAGAGUCCGACUGGAGUGUUGAUGCCCUCCAAGCUCCAGCCCAUGCAGAGUCCGACUGGAGUGUUGAUUCCCUCCAAGCUCCAGCCCAUGCAGAGUCCGACUGGAGUGUUGAUGCCCUCCAAGCUCCAGCCCAUGCAGAGUCCGACUGGAGUGUUGAUGCCCUCCAAGCUCCAGUCCAUGCAGAGUCCGACUGGAGUGUUGAUGCCCUCCAAGCUCCAGCCCAUGCAGAGUCUGACUGGAGUGUUGAUUCCCUUCAAGCUCCAGCCCAUGCAGAGUCCGACUGGAGUGUUGAUUCCCUCCAAGCUCCAGCCCAUGUAGAGUCCGACUGGAGUGUUGAUGCUCUUCAAGCUCCAGCCCAUGUAGAGUCCGACUGGAGUGUUGAUGCUCUUCAAGCUCCAGCCCAUGCAGAGUCCGACUGGAGUGUUGAUUCCCUCCAAGCUCCAGCCCAUGCAGAGUCUGACUGGAGUGUUGAUUCCCUCCAAGCUCCAGCCCACGCAGAGUCAGACUGGAGUGUUGAUGCCCUCCAAGCUCCAGCCCAUGCAGAGUCUGACUGGAGUGUUGAUUCCCUCCAAGCUCCAGCCCAUGCAGAGUCAGACUGGAGUGUUGAUGCCCUCCAAGCUCCAGCCCAUGCAGAGUCUGACUGGAGUGUUGAUUCCCUCCAAGCUCCAGCCCAUGCAGAGUCUGACUGGAGUGUUGAUUCCCUCCAAGCUCCAGCCCACGCAGAGUCAGACUGGAGUGUUGAUGCCCUCCAAGCUCCAGCCCAUGCAGAGUCCGACUGGAGUGUUGAUGCUCUUCAAGCUCCAGCCCAUGCAGAGUCCGACUGGAGUGUUGAUGCUCUUCAAGCUCCAGUCCAUGCAGAGUCCGACUGGAGUGUUGAUUCCCUCCAAGCUCCAGCCCAUGCAGAGUCUGACUGGAGUGUUGAUUCCCUCCAAGCUCCAGCCCACGCAGAGUCAGACUGGAGUGUUGAUGCCCUCCAAGCUCCAGCCCAUGCAGAGUCUGACUGGAGUGUUGAUUCCCUCCAAGCUCCAGCCCAUGCAGAGUCUGACUGGAGUGUUGAUGCCCUCCAAGCUCCAGCCCAUGCAGAGUCCGACUGGAGUGUUGAUUCCCUCCAAGCUCCAGCCCAUGCAGAGUCUGACUGGAGUGUUGAUGCCCUCCAAGCUCCAGCCCAUGCAGAGUCCGACUGGAGUGUUGAUGCCCUCCAAGCUCCAGCCCAUGCAGAGUCCGACUGGAGUGUUGAUGCCCUCCAAGCUCCAGCCCAUGCAGAGUCCGACUGGAGUGUUGAUUCCCUCCAAGCUCCAGCCCAUGCAGAGUCCAACUGGAGUGUUGAUGCUCUUCAAGCUCCAGUCCAUGCAGAGUCCGACUGGAGUGUUGAUGCCCUCCAAGCUCCAGUCCAUGUAGAGUCUGACUGGAGUGUUGAUUCCCUCCAAGCUCCAGCCCAUGCAGAGUCUGACUGGAGUGUUGAUUCCCUCCAAGCUCCAGUCCAUGCAGAGUCCGACUGGAGUGUUGAUGCCCUCCAAGCUCCAGCCCAUGCAGAGUCCGACUGGAGUGUUGAUGCCCUCCAAGCUCCAGCCCAUGCAGAGUCCGACUGGAGUGUUGAUUCCCUCCAAGCUCCAGCCCAUGCAGAGUCCAACUGGAGUGUUGAUGCUCUUCAAGCUCCAGUCCAUGCAGAGUCCGACUGGAGUGUUGAUGCCCUCCAAGCUCCAGUCCAUGUAGAGUCUGACUGGAGUGUUGAUUCCCUCCAAGCUCCAGCCCAUGCAGAGUCUGACUGGAGUGUUGAUUCCCUCCAAGCUCCAGUCCAUGCAGAGUCUGACUGGAGUGUUGAUGCCCUCCAAGCUCCAGUCCAUGCAGAGUCCGACUGGAGUGUUGAUGCCCUCCAAGCUCCAGUCCAUGUAGAGUCUGACUGGAGUGUUGAUUCCCUCCAAGCUCCAGUCCAUGCAGAGUCUGACUGGAGUGUUGAUGCUCUUCAAGCUCCAGUCCAUGCAGAGUCCGACUGGAGUGUUGAUGCUCUUCAAGCUCCAGUCCAUCCAGAGUCCGACUAAGGGUAAAACAGAGGAAACAAAAUAUAUCAACUUUCCCGAACAUCUUUCAUUGGAGGUCGCUCUUUUAAUCCUCAUGAAUGAAGGCCCCAGAGCCCCCCAGAUAAUCCAGCUGCUGGACUGUUAGGAUCUGGGUGAAUACUACAUCAUGGUUAUGGAGCGGCCCAUUCCCUGUGAAGACUUGUUUGAUUUUGUGCAGCACUGCGGAGGCAGAAUCGACGAAGAGUUGGCUUGAGUUAUCAUGCGGCAGGCAACUCAAGGCGCUUAUAUGAGCUGCCAACGUGGAGUGCUGCACCGGACAUCAAACAGGAAAACCUGUUGAUCAACAAGGACACCCUAGAAGUCAAACCAAUUGACUUUGGGUGCAGGGACUUCCUUCAAUGCGCAGCCUACACUACAUUCAUGGGCACACAAAUGUUCUGUCCACCCAAAUCUCUAUCACAGGGAAAGUACCACGAGGAGGCAUGCAACUCAAUCCGCUUAUAUGAGCUGCCAACGUGGAGUGCUGCACCGGGACAUCAAACAGGAAGCCCGACUGCUGCCAACUGAUCUGCUUUUGCCUGCAGCGAGAUCCAAAAAAAGAGACUCGAUUUGGACAAGAUCCUGCACCAUGAAUGGUUUAAGGGCACAAAUAUGAAGACAACUGGCAUAUAGUGGCCAUGUUCUCAGUCACAGCCAGCCCAGGUCUUGUCAUGUACAGUUGGCUCAUCAUUUUAUGGGCUUAAUGCAUUUUCAUCCUUGCAAGCCCCCCCAUCCAAAACAAGAAAACAUUAACAGUUAUGUUCUUAUACUCAGUUUUUUAGGUUAUAGAAAAUGUGACAGCAUCUGAAAUACAAUUGAGUUAUACAGACUUUGCCAAUACAAUAUCGCCUUUUCUUUCUUCUUUCUCUCUCUUCUAAAAUGUAAUGUUUUGUGAAUGUAUAAUGUAUUUUCAAGAUUAAUUAAGAAUGAUAUGAAUAGACAGAGGAAAUAUAAUAUAUUGAAUAUUAGUUAAUAAUAAUCCACUUUAUGUUAAAUGUCAUAUGAAGUUAAUGGAAAUAUUUUUUUAGAAAAAUACAUUUUGCAAUAAACAUUUGCUAAACAACAGUCAAUUCUUAAAUGCUGUAUGACAAACAAUUACCUGCACACAGAGAAGAGGAAAGGAGAGAAUAGUUUGUCAUGUUAUGAUAUAAUACACCUCCAUCUGUUCGAAAAAGAUUUCAAUUUGUUAGGAAGCAAAGCACAUGGGGGAAAAUGGCGCACAUGGAAAGAUAAUCAAGUUCAUGUAAACUUAAAUAAAACUAUAAAAAUAUGCAUAAAUAUGAACAGAAAACACACUCUUAAAAUCGAUUAGUGUUCACUGUGUUAAAUCCCCUUCUAACAUUCGAUAUGAAACUCAUAUUUUUAACUUUUAAUAAUGUGGAGCUGCAACAAACGCAUCUCACCCAAAUUAGUUCUCUCUAGCUCUGCUGCAGAAUAAAUAGAUCGUUCAGACGCCAUCACUAAUUUUAGCGCGUCCUUAAUAAGCGCCGUUUUUGCACAUGUGCGCAAACAGGUAGUGAAAAUAAUCACUACAUGAAAUGCACCUUAUUUCUGAUGUAAUAGUGGCGUGAGCAUUUAUAACUUCCGGUCGGUGUCAAUCACU